UCGCCUGGCAGCGCGCGGGUCGCGGUGGCGGGGCCGGGCGGCGCGGGGCCGGAGCGCGGGAGUCGCCGCGGCGGAGCCAUGGCGGGCCACUUGAGCGAGGGCGCCCUGGCGGCCAUAAUGCAACAGGGAGAUACAUCUAUAAAACCCAUCCUCCAAGUCAUUAACAUUCGUCCUAUUACUACAGGGAAUAGUCCACCCCGUUAUCGACUGCUUAUGAGUGAUGGAGUGAACACUUUGUCCUCUUUCAUGUUGGCAACACAGUUGAACUCUCUUGUUGAGCAGGAACUAUUGUCUAGCAACUGUAUUUGCCAGAUUAACCGAUUCAUUGUGAACACUCUAAAAGAUGGAAGGAGAGUCAUUAUUUUGAUGGAGUUAGAUGUUUUAAAAUCAGCUGACGCAGUUGGAGCAAAGAUUGGCAACCCAGUACCUUACAAUGAAGGACACGCACAGCAGCAGCAGCAGGCUGCUCCCCCCGCAGUUUCAGCAGCCAAUCCCCCUGCCAGCAAGCCCCCACAGCCAAACGAGGGUUCGGGAACAGGCACCUUUGCAACCAAGGCAGGUGGAGCCUCAAAGAUAUUUGGAAAAUCCGGAGGAUCCAGUGUAAUGAGCACUCCCGGUGGCACCCAGGCCAAGGUGGUGCCCAUUGCCAGUCUCACACCUUACCAGUCCAAGUGGACUAUUUGUGCAAGGGUUACCAACAAAAGUCAGAUCCGCACCUGGAGCAAUUCCCGAGGGGAGGGGAAACUUUUUUCCCUGGAACUAGUGGAUGAAACUGGUGAAAUUCGAGCUACUGCUUUCAAUGAACAAGUGGACAAGUUCUUCCCCCUUAUUGAUGUGAACAAGGUCUAUUACUUCUCGAAGGGCAACCUGAAGAUCGCCAACAAACAAUUCUCAGCUGUUAAGAACGACUACGAGAUGACCUUCAACAACGACACUUCUGUAGUUCCCUGUGAAGACGGCCAGCAUUUGCCGACAGUUAAGUUUGACUUUAUAGGGAUUGAUGACCUGGAGAACAAGCCCAAAGACUCGCUCAUCGACAUAAUUGGGGUCUGCAAGAGCUGCGAAGAUGCCACCAAAAUCACGGUGAAGUCCAACAACAGAGAAGUUUCUAAGAGAAAUAUUUAUUUGAUGGACACGUCAGGGAAGGUGGUGUGUACGACCCUGUGGGGUGAGGAUGCUGAUAAAUUUGAUGGUUCUAGACAACCUGUGAUGGCUAUCAAAGGAGCCAGAUUGUCUGAUUUUGGUGGCCGGAGCCUCUCUGUCCUAUCUUCAAGCACAAUCAUUGUGAAUCCUGACAUCCCAGAGGCCUAUAAGCUUCGUGGCUGGUUUGACUCAGAGGGACAAACCUUAGAUGGUGUGUCUAUCUCUGAUCUCAAGAGUGGGGGAACAGUGGGGAGCAGCACCAACUGGAAAACCUUAUACGAAGUUAAAUCGGAGAACCUGGGCCAUGGAGACAAGGCAGACUAUUUUAGCUCUGUGGCGACAGUGGUGUUUCUGCGCAAAGAGAACUGUAUGUACCAGGCCUGCCCGACUCCAGACUGCAAUAAAAAAGUGAUCGAUCAGCAGAAUGGAUUAUACCGCUGUGAAAAGUGUGACCGUGAAUUUCCGAAUUUCAAGUAUCGCAUGAUACUGUCAGCAAACAUUGCUGAUUUUCAUGACAACCAGUGGGUCACUUGUUUCCAGGAGUCUGCAGAAGCUAUCCUCGGGCAGAGCACCGGUUACCUUGGAGAGCUAAAGGAGAAGAAUGAACACGCGUUUGAGGAAGUCUUCCAGAAUGCCAAUUUUCGAUCUUUCACAUUCAAGAUCAGGGUCAAACUCGAGACAUACAAUGAUGAGUCUAGAAUCAAGGCCACCGUGAUGGAUGUGAAGCCCGUGGACUACCGAGAGUACAGCAGACGGCUGAUCACGAGCAUCAGGAGAAACGCCGCCAUGUGAGAAGAGCUGGGUCGAGCGGACAGGAGCUUGAGAAGAAAGAACUGAAAUGGAAUUGAUUUCCUCCGUGCCCCUGCUACUCAGUGGGCAGAGCCUCCUUACGGGGGACUAAGCCGCGUCCUUUCUCUGCCUCUUAGGACCAGUGGGAGGCAAAGGAAAAGAGGCUCUGGUGGCUGCAGGACAGACCAUCGGCGCGGGUGGUCGGGCGGCAGUUAGGUACCAGUCAGGCUCUUUGUCCUCAAGCCCUUGUCCGUUUUUUUGUUUGUUUGGGUUUUUUUUAAUUCCAUAAUCUUCAUAGCAAGAAUUAUGUGACUGCUCACUCACCCUAAAUCCGUAUCGAGGAAAUAAAUUUUUAUGUAACUCAGGUCUCUGCCCCCCGAGGCGACCCCUUCCCAAUUUGGGUUUCUUCUCAGGAGGGAGAACCGAGAAAUGGUUGUGUGGAACCUGGGUGUUCUCAGAAGCCUGUCUUUCUGAAAUUCAAAAGCUCGUUCUUUCUAGAGGUUCCAGAACGUCGUUAAUGCUUAGAAUGGCAAUACGGUGGAAUUAUUAAUCAAAGGCUUAUCUUUUAUAUCUGAAGAAUAUCCUUCCUUCAGGGUUUAAUAGGCUGAGUCAGAUGGGUCUGACAUUAAUCAAAAUUGUCUCUUCUGAGGAAGGCUGAUAAGCAUUGACUUGCUGUCCCCCGGGGAUAUCUAGGCAACUACAAAGCAUUGCUUUAGUUUUCACUUCAAUUAAUGUUGUUUUCUCGUUGUUGAGUGCACUUUCCCGUACAUACUGCUUGCAUUUGUAUGUUUCAUUUCUUGAUUAAAGUUAAGUUUAAGGGAGAAGCCCUUCGUUUCUCUUGACUUGUCUUGAUAAACAGUAUAUUCUCCA